GGCCGUCGAUCCGGUGGCCCACGACGACGGCGAACGGCACGGUCGUACGUCCACCGGCCACUUUUGGCGGGACGUUUGACGACGACCAGCUAUGUGACACACAAACGUUAAUUUUUUAACGCCACGGUGGCGGCACUCGCGGUCGUCGACGAGCGCUGUGACGUAACGACGAGCUUUUGAAUUUGAUUUUUAAUAUUAUUAUUAAAUUAUUGAAACGUCAUUAUUUCGAUGCCACGAUGAGUUUCGUACGACGCCGUUCACCCCGGUGACUUGGAAUUGUUUGAACAUUCACACCACAAACCACGUCCAUAACUACACUAUGUAGCCUAUAAGAAUUUAUACUUUUACCUAUUUACGUACAUUUAUUUUAUUGAUUUUAUUAUUUUAUUUAACGUUACACGGCCGCGCUACACUGUGCAUCGAAACAGAAACAUCAAACACCUAUUCAAACCAUUAGAGUAUAUAAUGUUCGCGAUAUGUAGAUCAGAGAUAAAUUGAUUAUGUAAAAUAGUUUUAUGACUAAUAUCUAGUGUUGAAGUACAGUUGUUAUGUGUAUGUGAUCAUUAACAAAGGAAGUAUUGAAUGUUUACAAUGUUAUGACUAUGUUUUCUUCUAAAAUUUAUUUUUACAUGAUUAACUAGUCUGCAUAAAAAAUAUUUAAGAUGUCUGAAGAGGAAGAUGAAGGAUGGAUGAAAGAGUUGGAAAAAGCACUUUGUGAGAAAGAUGAGUCUCCACUUAGUGAAGAAUCUGGAAAUUUUACUGUAAUUGCCAAUGAAUGUAGAGGCCAGAUGUGGCGUCAAUUAUUGAUUCGUGAUGAUGAUACUAUUCAAACUUUGUUAGAUGAGAGACCAAUUAUAAAGAACAUAGAACAGUUGGAAGUUGAUUGUCAAAUGUUAAUUGCUUCAUUAGAAAUCGAAGAUGAAGAAGAAAAAUUAAACUGUUUGUCAGACACUGAAGCCAUAUUGGUGACAAUGUGCAAAAUAUAUAAUACAGACACAUAUGAUAUAAGUAAGAAAUGGCCAUCAAUAAUUCGGCCAAUUAUAUCAUUAAAACUACCUCGAAUCGAUACAUAUACUAUGUUCCGCGCGGUCGAUGAAGAGUACUUAGCUAAACAUCAAGACUGUUAUCAUUUAUUACGGAUAUUAUUAUUGUAUCAUGAUCCAGAAUUGUGUAACUUAUUAGAUUCUCUAAAAUUGGGGCCAGAACUUUAUAGUAACUCAUGGAUACAAACUUUAUUUUCGGAAACAUGUUCUUUAGAAGUUAUUUUAAGUAUUUGGGAUUUAUACUUAGCGAAAAAAGACAGGUUUUUUAUAUUUUUUUUGGCUUUAGUAUUCAUCAUCAAUGCAAGAGAUCAUAUAUUUUCAUUAAAACAUCAACCUAAAACACAAUUGAUUGAAAUUCUUGGGAAUUUGCCAUCUCAAUUGGCCAUUGAUGAUAUAAAUGAUUUUUGGUCUUUGGCAGAAUAUUAUGAUAAACAAACACCUUCAUCUUUUAUAAAAGAUAUUGCUGGAUAUAUUUUUGAUCCAAAGCAACAGGAUAAAGGAAUUUCACAAAUGUUAUGUCUUCCAAUCAAUGUAACUGACUUAGUGUCUCAUACAAAUAGAACAGUGACAAAUAGCUUGAAAUUUUUUGUCAUGGAUUGUCGACCUGCAGAACAAUACAAUGCUGGACAUUUGCCUAUUGCCUUUCCACUAGACAGUACUUUACUUUUGGAAGAUCCUGUUUCUUUUUGGACUGCUGUUGAAGGUCUAUUAUCAUGUCAGAAGCAGAGCUUUGUUGAGGGCCGUUCAGGAGGGGGAGAACAUUGGUGUUUCUCAGGUUGUGGUAGUGGCUUAGAUGCUAACCAAAAUACUCACAUGGUUGUUUCUGCAUUUUUACAAAAACAUUCUCUCUAUGUUUCUAUGCUUAAUGGUGGCUAUCAAGCACUUCAUGAAUAUUUUGAAAAAAACAAUAUUGAUGGCUUGAGUGAUCAUGAUCGUAAUCGAUGUUCACAGUGUCUAAGUAGUUCAAAUCAAAAUAAAGAACGAUUGACUCAAACAAAUUCAACUAAUGAAUUGUUUUCUAAGCUCGGCGUGGCAAUGAGAUCUAAAUCAUUUGAAGUCAAAGGUAAAUUAAUGGAUUUUUUAUCAAGUAAUAAUAAUAGUACAAAAAAUGAAAAAACAAAUGGAAGUAGCAAAAGAUAUAGAAAUAUGGCACCAGUUUUUGCAAUAGAUGAAGAUGACAAUAAUCAAGAUUCAGAAGAUGAACCAGAUGAUGCAGCUCAUUAUAAUAGUUUAUCAGUGUUAUUAAAUAAAUCCAAUGUAAUUGCAUCAUUUGAUUGUCAACAUAUCAGAAAUGAUGGAACAGUAAUUCCAGGAAAAUUGGUGUUGGCAAUAAAUAACCUGAUAAUUGUGGAAGUAGACACAAAAGAUUCUAAUAGAAUUUGUUCACUGGUAAAUCAUUCAUUAGGAACUAUUUUGAAUAUUAAAUGUCGCAAGAAACGGCCAGAUUUAAUUAUUUUUGAAUAUUCUGGACCAGAAAAGGAUAUAGACAGAUUCAUAAUACCACAGUCACAAAAAGCUACUGAUAUAAUAAGCAAGCAAAUAAUGGAUUACAUUGAGCGUACUGAAAGCUGAUCAAUUUUCUACAACUUGCUGAAACAAUCAAUUUUAUAAAAAAAAAAAUGCAAUUCAAUUACUUAAUAAUUAUAAAUAAUAAGAAAUUAGUGAAUAUAUUGUUUUAAUAAAAUCAAAUAAUAUUUUAUUAAAUAGAAAACAAAUUAAGAUUGCUCAUUUAUUAAUAUAAAAAGUAUUAUGUGAAACAAAUUAAAUUUAUGCAAGAAAAUAAUGUAAGAUAUACAUAUAUACUAUACAUAUUUCAUAAUUUAUUGUUCUUAAUUUGUUUUUUUUUAUUGAAAGAUCAUCUUAAAUUGCUAUAUUUAUGAAAUUAAUAUUAAUUGUAUUAUAUCUACAGUUUGUAUUCUUAAUAUUUUAUUAAAUAUGACUAUUUAUAUUAUGAUUUGUUUUUGUUUAUUUUAAUUAUAUUUAUAAGAAAUUUAAAUAUUGUUAUUUUAUUUUGAGUUAUUACUUAUUGAUUUGUUAAAAUUAUAAAAAAGCCUUAUUUUUAAUAUUUUAAAAACAGUCUAUAAGUAAAGUUUGUAUUAUUAUUUUCACAUCCUUCACUUGUCUAUCAUUAAGAAGUAAGAACUAAUACAUUAUUAAAUCUAUUUAUUUACUUGAUAUUGAUAUGAAGUCAAACUGACAAAUUAAUUAAACAGCAAAUCAGUAUUACGGUUAUGAGUUUUUAACUUGUGACAAAAUUAACAUUAUAAUAAUAAAAAAUACUUAUUUCUUGACUUAUUAUUUUAUUUACAUUGAUAUUUAUUUUUGUUAGAUGAAAAGUUUGUUAUUGUUAGUUAUUAUUUGAACUAUUAUUGAUAAUUUUUUUACACACAGUUUUUAAAGAACAUAUUUGUUAUGUUUGUGAUAAGUAGGUAUUAAUGACUUGUUAAUAAAUAAAUAUUAUCUAUAUUGAGUUAA